AUGGCGACUCCCGAAGAAGAUUACUCUUCACUACCUCUUACUGAACGAAUUACACAUAAGGUUUGGAAGGUUAGAGUUGGUGCAUAUGAAGAACUUUCAAAAAAAUUUUCACAGGCGGAUCCAUCAAACGAAAGCGAGUUCCGACCUUUUGACGGCUUUUUGAAAAAUAUUGCAACGGACGCUAACGCUGUUGCUCAAGAGACUGGGUUUGGUUCUUCUCGUUCUGGAACAAAGAAUAAAGCACUUGAACUUAUUUAUACAUACAUUGAAGUGGUGGACUCAUUAGAUCAAGUAGCAGUGGUAAUGGAAGAUGUUCUUGGAGGGUUAAAUGCCAAACAACCUAAAAUAGUUACUACAACUGUUCUUGCACUUAAAGAAAUCAUAAGGCAUUUAGUAUUAUAUGGGGCAAAAACAGUUAACGUAAAACCAAUUCUCAAAACUUUACCAAAAAUAUUUGGUCAUACCGAUAAAAACGUUAGAGCAGAGGGAACAGGAUUAGUAAUAGAACUUUAUAAAUGGCUAGGUCAAGCAAUUAAUCCACAUCUACAGGAAUUGAAACCAGUUCAGGUGAAAGAAUUAAACGAAGCCUUUGAAAAAUUACCACAAGAAAAAGUUACACAACAACGAUUUUUACGGUUACAAAAAGAAACAGAGGAGGCCGAAAAAGAUGAAGAGGCCGAAGCCGAAGAAGAAAAAGAGAUUGACGUUUAUGACCUAGCAGAACCUGUUGACGUAUUAUCAAAAAUUCCCAAAGAUUUUUAUACACAAUUGCAAGCCACAAAGUGGAAAGAUAGAAAAGAAGCAUUAGAUGGUCUACUUGAAAUUUGCAAAACACCAAGAAUUGCAGAUAAUAAUUAUGGAGAAUUAGUUGGCGCUCUUACUAAGCGAAUUUCAGAUUCAAAUAUAUUAGUAGUAACGUUAGCCGCAAAUGUUAUCGAAGCUUUAGCAUCAGGCUUACGUGAAGCAUUUGGAAAGUACAAACCAACGGUAACGGGUCCGCUGAUAGAAAAACUCAAAGAAAGGAAGCAGAAUGUUGUGGAUGCUUUAGCAUCUGCAUUGGAUGCGAUAUUUAAUUCCGUCACGAUAUCUGAUGUCACUGAAGAUAUUGUAGCUGCAGGGAAGCAUAAGAAUCCACAGGUAAAAUCAGAGUCGAUGAAGUGGCUAGUUAGAUGCUUGAGGAAUACCAAAGUAGCUCCCAAUAAGGGAGAGAUCAAAGCAUUAAUUGAAAUGAUGGUAAAAGCUUCCGAGGAUAGUUUUGAGCCUGUUCGUGUUUCUGCUGCAGAAGGUCUCGGUACUAUGAUGAAAGUUAUAGGAGAGAAAGCUAUGAAUCCUUUUAUAGAAGGACUUGAUGAUAUUAAAAAGGGCAAGAUUAAAGAGUUCUUCGAAAAAGCAGAAGUUAAAGUUAAGGCUACAAAUCCAAAAAGACCACCUGCAGCCGCUCCAGCUCCAGCUCAAACGCCUAAAGCUAAGCCUGCUACUAAAGUUGGAGCUAAAAAAGAUAAAAAAGACGAGGAAACCAAAAAAGAUGAGAAAAAAGUGGCAGAAUCUCCAAAAGUUUCUAAACCAGCUGUACAACCUAAAAAAGCUGCCAAACCAUCGGCUACUUCUGCGCCACCGAAAAAAGGUGCUAAAGCUAAGGAAGAGGAACCACUGAAAUACAAAUUCUCAAAUGAGGAAACUGAAUCGAGAUUUGCAGAACUGGUUCCGGAAGAGCAGACUACUGAAAUGGGUGACAAAAAUUGGAAGCUUCGUUUAGCAGCAAUUGAAAACCUUUAUAACACGUUAAAUGAAAUGGACCCCUCUAAUAUUGAAGCAGAACUAGUAGUUCGAUUUCUUGCCAAAAAGCCUGGAUGGAAAGAAAGCAAUUUCCAAGUAUUGUCCAAAGCAUUCAAUAUAAUGGAAUUAAUAGCUUCUAAGGCACCAUCUUUUGGAAAACCGGCGGCAGCUCUUGCUAUUCCUGGUAAUUUGCGCUAUUAUUGGAAAAAUUGGGUGACAUUAAACUCAAAAAAAAGUGCUGGAGAAACCUUAACUGCAUUUGCUGAAAAAACAUCUUUACAAUUUGUUCUUGGACAAUCAUAUGAGCCACUAAAAAAAGCUAAAUCUCCAAAAGUAUUGGCUGAUAGUUUAACGUGGUUUCAUAGUGCCAUUAUGGAAUUCGGGAUUGUUGGAGUUCAAGUGCGAGAAUUGAUUGAUUUUAUCAAGUUCACAUUAACUAGUUCUAACGCGGCUGUCCGUACCAAUUCUGUCACUGUCUUGGGAGCUUUGAGGAUUUAUGUUGGUCCAGAUAUUAGGACAUUUGUUCAAGAUUUAAAUCCUACACAACUUGCUACAAUCGAUGUUGAAUUCGAAAAAGUUGCCGAUCAAGCCCCUCCACAGCCUACAAAAACAAGCGUCGAGGUAGCAGGCUCUGGGCGCGGUGGUAAUGACGCGUUGGAAGAGCUUUUCCCAAAAGUUGAUAUCGGUGCACAAUUUACUAGUAAAAUGAUGACUGAAGCAAAUGAUGAUAAAUGGAAAACACGAAAAGAGGCUCUUGAGCAAGUCCUUGCUAUUGUGGAUGCUAACAAGAGAAUUAAACCGAACUUAGGUGAAUUUACACCAAUCCUUAAAUCACGCCUUGCUGAUAGUAAUAAGAACCUUCAAAUGAUGGCACUGGACAUUUGUGGCAAACUUGCAACAGCCAUGGGCAAGCCUUUUGAUAGAUAUGCAAAGAUGUUGGUUGGUCCUGUGACAGCUGUGUUAACAGAUCAAAAAGCUACUGUCCGUGGUAGUGCUAUUGGUUGUUUAGAUUGUUUGGCGGCUGCUACUGGCCUUGAUCCAAUGGUUUCUUCAUUCGCAACAAGUCUUAGUUCUGAGAACCCUCUGUUACGAAAAGAUUUAUUAAGUUGGCUCGCAGAUCGUCUCAAAGAUGCGGAUGAAAAGAAAACUUUACCAGAUUUGCAACCAUUAGUUCCACCCAUAUUAUCAUGUUUACAAGAUCGCAAUGGGGAUGUAAGGAAAGCUGCGCAAUCAUGUUUGGGUCCUAUCGUUAAAAGUGCUGGUUACGAUUAUGUAGUAACUAAAUGUGGAGAUCUUAAAGGAGCUGUAAAACAAACUAUAAUGCCAAUGAUUGAAGCAGUUAGACCAGCACAUGGAACUGGUCCACUUCCAAGAGGAAAAGAUGCUAAAAAGAUGGGUGCAAAAUCAAGGCUUGCUAUGCCAUCGAGUUCAAAAGAUAGCAAAAAUAGUGAAACUGAUGCUUCUGAUGAUGUGGACGAUGAUGAUACACCAAAAUUACCACCUGGAUUAAAACUCAAACCACCGGCUUCGCUAGCUGCUAAUAAUGGUCCAUCGCCAUCGUCAUUAAUUGCACCAAAUCCACCAUCAUCAUUAACUGCACCAUCAUCUUUAAUUGCACCGAACAAACUUCCAUCACCAGCUCAGAGGGGAGGAUUGCCUCCAAGUGGAAUAGGUAGAGGUUUACCCGCACCUUCUCGUCUUCAAUUUUCAAAAUUCCGUCAGGGACAGAAUGGACAAGCUUCAUCACAUACUGAUAAUUCUGAAGAACCUGACCAAAAGAAAGAAUCUAUGAGUAUGGACAUUGACAAAGUCGAAUAUUCGGCAACGACUAAUUCUGAGAAUUCAGCUGUAGUAAAUUCUUCUGGAAUACCACCACCAGCUAGGCAGCGUACUACUGGAAACGUAUUCUUGGUAGAAGUGGCCAUUUCCAAAAUUAUGAGCUUUGAACAUCAACAGAGUAUAGAGGCAUUGAAAGAGUUGGAUAAACAUUUGAACAAUUCUCCUGAAUCAAUUAUUCCAUAUGUUGAUGAGCUUGUUAAUGCUCUAACUAUUCAAGUACGAAUGUCAUAUACGCAACUUGAUCCACAAUCACAAACCCUUGUUCGACUAUGCAAACAUUUGGUGAAUGCCUUAGUUCUGUUGUUCUCCAAUAAAAAUUUAGCAUUAGCAGUUUCACAAGAAUCGCUUGAGCGAUUACUAUCCGAACUUGCUCAUCGUUUGCUGGAUCUAAAUCUCCAAGUAUUAGAAGCAGGCCAACAAUUAUCAAAAGCUUUAAAUGUUUCAAUGGUGAAAGUGCUCGAAAAUAGUAAUCGCAAUGCAACUUACAGUGCUUUAAUAUCUAUUCUAGAAAAAUCAUCAGCAAACUUGCGAGAAGUAGAUACUGCUGCAGUCACAACUCAUACUAAGUUCACAGAACUGAUAAUGAAAUGUUUAUGGAAGUUAGCAAGAUCUGUACAAGAAAAUCUAAAGUCUGGAAUCCUUUUACCCAAUAAAUU